AUGGAAACUCAAGAAAAGAAAGAUGAUAAUUAUAUGAUAGAACAAAAAUUUGAGAAGGAUGUUAAAUAGGAAGAAUAAUUACAAAUAUUGGAAGAAUAAUUGAAUAUUUCUUAAGGCACUAUAAUAAGUGAACAAAAUAAUUAGUAAAUGACCUAAAAUGAAAAAUAGGCUGAUAAAGAUGAAGAAAAAAUCAACAUAAUUACAUAAAUUGAAGAAAGGUCAUAAGAAAUCAAUUUUAAGAUUUAGGUUAAGAGUUUAUAAAAUAUCAGAUUACAAUUGGAAAGUAGAUCAAUUUAUAACUAUCAAUUUGAUUCUAUUAACAAUUUACAAUUAAUAAGAGAAGACUAAAUUAAUUUCAGCAUAUAUCCUUAGCAAUUAAAUUAACAAAAUUAUAUAUGUUCUAGUUAACAUAUAAUGAAUCAUUUAUAACUUAAAUUUAAAAUAGAAAAUUAGAGUCAUCUGUAGUAUAUAAUGUUUAGAAACAAAACUAGUUCAUAUCCAAUCGGAAAUUAAAUAAAUAAUGAGAAUUAGAUUAAGAUUGACAAAUUGAAGAAGUAAAAUAUGUAUUAUAAUUUUAGAGUGCUCCACAAAUGUAUUAAAGAAUCUAAGAAAUUCCAAGUUUAAGGUGCAUCUUAUUCAAUAUUUAAAGAAUUUGUAUUUUUGUUGUAAAAAGUUAGUGAUUUAGAAUAUGAAAAAUAAUAAAAGUAAAAUAUUUAAUAAUCAUUAGAUAAUUGCAUGUUCAAUAGUAACUUAAAGAAAUUGAAAAUCAAUUAAAAGAACAGAAAAAAUACAAAUAAAAAAACGAUUAAAUGAAUAAAUAGAUAUCAAAAAUAUUGAACGAAUUAUGA